UUCCCUUCAGAAGAAAAAACUUUUUAAUCAACUAUUGAGUUCGCUUCAAUCGUGAUUAUUUAUCAUCCUCAUCACUCCUCCUUCCCUCCUCCAAACAUCAUCAUCAUCAUCACCAGAAUAAUGGAAAUGAUGAUGAUGCUGAAACCAAACGAACCUCCUUCCAAUUUAAACCUAGAAUUAAAUUGAAGAAGAAAAAAAGUUGUAACCAUUAUCAUUUUACCAACGGUGAAUGAAGAUGAUGAUGAGGAAGAUAAAUGAUGAGAGGGGAUGAAUGAAGGUGCUUUGAGGUGGGUUCUUUCUGGUGCCUUUUAUCAUCCACUCCUUGUGUGUAUCAUCAAGUAGCCAGCAAAACAAUGGCCUGGUUUUGUUUAUUUUUAUCAUCAUCAAAUUAAAGGGACCAGGUAAAAGUGACGGUCUAAUCAUCGUCAUCAUUAUCAUCAUCAUCAUCAUCUUCAUCUUCAUCAUCAUUUGUACCCUUUUUUUUCAAGAUGAUGAUAAUGAUGAUAUAUUAGAGGAUUGAUGAUAACUCUUUGACAUAGAAAGAGAAAAAGUUUUGUCCAAUUUGUUUGUCUCACUCACUCACUUUUUCUUGUCUUCCAUCAUCAUCAUCACACUGAUUUCACUCCCUGUGCCUUUUAUUUUCAUGUUAUUAUUUCAAUCUUAAUCAUCUCAUCAUUCAUUUCAUUUCAUUCAUGGUGAUUUAUCAUUAAACUUUAAUUGUUACCCUUUUGUGUUAGUUAAUUGUGUUCGUGUGUGUGGUUGUAUAUUUGUCCUUAUCUUCAUCUUUUGUUGCUCUCAUCUCAUCAUGUCAUCUUCAUCAUCAUCAUCAUCAACAACAACAACAACAACCAUUUUGUCAACAAUCAAUUAUGUGGAUACAAAUGAUUAUCUUUGUUAAUCACAAUUAAAUCAAUUGCUAAGUGUUACCGAGUUAAUCUCAAUCAAUUCAUCAAAUUGUUCAAUUUUAAUUGUCCAUGAAAAGUCAACUAUAAACAAUCAAUGGCCGACGAAGGACAAUCGAGUGGUAAAUUCAAUGAGACUCGAAGCAAGAGUGUAAUUUACCGAAGUCCGGACGGUAAAUCGAUAACCAAACACACUUCGAUCCACAUAACACGGGUAAAUGGUUCUAAUCGAGGUUCGAACGAGGGGACAAAUUUGGGACGAAUCACCGGCAGAGAAUCGCGAUCAAGUCCAUCUCCAUCAUCAACUGACCGUUACCAGCGACCAUCAAGUCAACCAUUAGAGACGAAAAAUGGAUCAAUUUAUUAUCGAUGUAAAUCGACCUCACCCAAUCGAUUCAACACACUGCCUAAAGGCUCACGGGAUCCGAUUAAUGGGACAUCCCUUUCGACAUCUUCCCUAAUCACUGGUAUUAAUCCUGCCAUUCGACGCACCUCAAGCUCCUUACAGAUCAGUGUUAAUAUAAGAUCACCUUCGGCAAAUGAUCUUAUCUAUCGACAAUCUCGAUCACCACUGCCCAUCCGUCGAAGUCAAACAACCUUUGAAAGUUCAUGGGUUCUAUCAUCUUAUCCACCAUCAACAUCUCCACGUCUUCAAAGUUUAUCGUCAUCACGAAUUGGUGACGCUCAGCAUCAUAGUCGAAGUAGUAGUAGCUUAUCAUUCCGAUCAACCUCACAAUUAGCUUCUAAUCAGCCGUCAACUGUAACUGCCGAUAAAACUGUCCAAAAAGAGUCUGGCGAAAGUACAAUUAAGAAUAAAGAAAGUCCCAAACAAUCAACUUCGGCAUCACCACCAACACCUACACCUCGAAAAUCACAUUCACAAGUAAACACAAACACGGGGACAAACGGUUCACCUUCACCAACGAAAGUUUCACCUUCCCGAACAUCUCAAAGACCUCAGGUUUCACUUGAUCUUGGCCGUGGACGGAAAAGUGACCCAUCACCUUCUCGAAUUUCAAUAACUAGAGAGACAAUUUCCUCUCGAACAAUUAAACCUAAAGAUGUUACAAUCAUCGAACCCGUUAAACUAAUAUCAAGUAGAUCGUCAAGUCCAGUUAAAGGGUCAAUUUUACGAAGUCCAUCCAGAGAUCGGGUAAUCAGAUCAACGGAGAAAAGUAGUGACAAUUUAAUUACCAAGGAAACAACGGCAGAAAAUGAGGUCUACGAAAAAACAUUGAUCAUUCCACUCGAUGGAUGGACAGUGUCCGAUGCCGCUGAAAAGGGUUACCUCAAUAUGGAAACGGGAAAUUUCACCGUACCAGGAAGUGACCAUCAAAUUAACCUUCGUGAUUGUUGCCGAUUAAAGAUUAUCAAUCCUUCUUCGGGAGAGGUUGUAGAUCCAAGUCGACCCUUCACACGACCAACUAAUUUUAACCUCGCAUUUGAACGUGGCCUUAUCGAUUCUAACGGUAACUAUCUGGCCAGUGAUCGUGAACCUAAACUGUCACUGGCUCAAGCAUUGGAACGCAAGUACGUUACACUUAACGACAAGGUUAAAACGAGCAGUUUGAUGGCUCGAAAAGUGAUCAAAAUAACUCAAUCGCGAAGUAAUCAAGUAGCUGUCACUUUGGAACCCGAAUUGUUGGUUAAAGCGAGAAAUGAAUCAUCGCAAUUGAAUAAACAAUUUACAAUGAUGGAAAGUCAAUCAACAGGUAAUGAGAAUAAAAUAUCAGAUGAAUCAGGUGAAGAUGAGGAACAUAAUGUAACUGAGAUCGCAUUUAUUGAUGACGAUGAUGAUGAAGAAGAUACAGAAAAUGAAGACCACGAAGAUGAGCUUAUUGGUGAAAUCGAUUCCAGUGAUUGUGAUGGACGAACUACUCGAACAACGAUUGAGACAAUUCGAGCUGAUGAUUUAACAACCGAAACAAUAACAGCUGAUCUGAUUGUCGGUGAGAAUUUAUCUAACCUUGAUUCUGAUUCAGGAGAUGAAAACUGGUCGGAAAUUGUUGAUGAAAUUAGCCAACGACUCGAUAUAAUCAAAGAGAACGAGAAAUUUCAAUCAAACUAUUCAAGUUUAUCGAGUUGGCUUGAGACGAUUGAGUCACGAAUGAACAAUUUAGGUCCAAUUGGUAACGAUUUGAAGUUAAUAUCUGCUCAACGGAAUAAAUUGUCGUCCAUACGAACUGAAUUUAAGAAUCAAUUGGUCAAUCGUCAGGCUUUCAUUUCUUCAGGUAAACUUUUGUCCACUCGAAUGGAUCCUAAUUGUAAUGAAUAUCAACAAAUUGACCGAUUGACCAGCAAACUGUUGAUCCAAUGGCGUAAAUGUGAAUCAUUGUUAACCGAGAAGGAGAAAAGUGUUAAAAGCUUGGAUUCUUUUAUCGAAUCAUUUGGUGGUAAAUUGUCAUCAUUAGAGAAUGAUAUUGAUUGUUUGAUUUCCGAACUUGAUGAUUUGAAAAUGUCCGAUGUGAAAGUCGGUGAAAAGUGUAAACGAUUAGACACAAUCAAUGGACAAUUAACUCUUUCCAAAUCAACACUAGCUGAAUGUGAGGUGAUCACUGAUCAUUUAUAUCAAUUGGUUGGUGAUCAGUCAAAAGCUGAUGAAGUAAGAACUAAAUUUAAUUCAAUUGAAAGGAAAUCAGUUGAAUUAUCAAAUGAAAUUGAUUCAGUCAAUCAAUACCUGACAAAAUUGAGAGACUUUGAGGAGUGUGAGGCCACUUUGAACGAGUGGCUAUCGAAAGUUUCAACUGAACUAGAAACAGAGUUAAGAGUUUCAACCGAUGAAUCUGAGCUGAAAAAUGAGCUCAAUCAAAUUGAACGAUUAAGAUCAGAGUUUGACCGACGGGAAGCUGAUCUACGAUCAUUGGAAUCCAUGGGAACUGGCCUACUAGAAGCUGCGAGUUCUCUGGCCACUGGAGCAUCGGCAGUCCAAGAAAUAAGUCGAGUCUCUGGUCGAGUUGAAUCAGUCCAAUUAACUUGGAACGAGUUGUCAAAGGAAAUUGAUUGUCGAGUCUCUAGAUUGGAAAGUGCAUUGAAAUCAUUUGUAACAAUCAAAUCACAAUUGAUGAUAAUAUCUAAUUGGUUGGAUGAAUUGGACGUUGAAGUUUCCAAUGUCGCUGAUUUGACUUAUGACCAAGGGUCACUCGAAGUUCAAUUAAAGGCAAUUGAAGCGAUUGCUUUUGAAAUGAACGGUAAAUCAGCGGAAUACGACAAGAUCAAUCAGAUCACUCUCGAUUCCUUCAACGUUGGAGUGAAAGAAUCACGAGAGGAGAUAAAUGGCCUGAUCGAAAGGUGGAAAAGUAUCGCUAAAGACACAGAAGAACGUCGAUCUCGAUUGAAAGGGUUACUUGAUUCACUUCGAUCGCUUGAUUGUUUCAUCGAUGAGAUUACCUGUGAUUACGAGGCAACAAACAGUAAAACAAACGCCAGUGGCCUGAUGGAGUCACCGACAUUCGAGACCCGUUCAAUUGACCGAAUCAAAUCACUACUUGAAUCGGUUAAAUCUUUGGAAAGAAAAGUUGAUCGAGCUCGAACAAUUGGUUUGGACUUAGCUAAACAAUUCGAGACUGUUGGACAAUCAACCGAAACCCAAUCAAUAGUGAAAGUCGAACCAUUAAACCGAAUCGAAAGUCUUUCUAAUCGAGUGUCUAGUCUAAGAUUGUCCAUUGAAACUCGAUAUUCUCUUUUAUUAGGAACCAAAAGGUCAGUUGAUAAAAUUCAUCGGAAAAUUGAUUCAGUUGAACGAACUUUGAAUCGACUUGUUGAGACCAGUCAUAAGUUACCAACGAUAGUGACCAGAGAUUCGGUCACUUUGACCAAACAGAAAGAGGAAACAACUGAGCUACAGGGUGAGGUCAAUUCGUUUUCAUCAGAAAUUCAGGAUUUAGAAAAUACAAUCGAAGCGGAGAAAUCAUGUUUAUCCAUUUUCCAAGUUACAUAUAAGAACUUUUUAUCCACAAUUGAAUCAAUUGACUCUCGACGAGUAAAUUUAUUGUCCAAUUUAAAUGAAAGAUAUCAAAAGAUUGACAGUUCACUAAGAGAAGCUCAAGAUGUCGAGGCCACUUUACAUGAGUUUGCCGAUUGGCUGAAAACGAUUGAAUCAAUCGUUGAUUCAAUGGAGGAAUCAUCUUACCUGGUUGAUACUAUUGAGAAACAAUUAAAGGAAACAAGUGAUUGUCAAACUUCAAUAACAUCUAAACGGGAUGUUCUAAGUGACCUGGAAAGACGAGGUCCAAGACGAGAAAAGGAAAUGCUGAUCUCAAUCCGUUCUCGAUACAAUAAACUGACCUCUAAAGUGACCAAACGGUAUUGCACAUUGGAGAGGAAUUUAAAAUCGGCAAAAGAGUUUAUCGAUAAAUGGAAUGGGCUAAUUAACUGGUUAUCAGGGACAGAAACGAUUGUAUCGGCAAACGAACAGGUCAAUUGUUCAAAUAUUAGUGUGACCAUUGGAGCCUUGAGGGAACUGAAUCGAGAAUUUGACCACAAGUCUGGUCACCUUGAUUCUGUUUGCCGAUUGGGUCGAAGUCUUCGUGAUAAAAGUCCUAAAAGUGAUAAUGAUGCUUUUCGUAAUCUAAUUGAUACACUUCGAACUCGUUGGACGAACGAUCAUAAAAAUGUCCAAGAGACACUUCGAAAGACCGAGAAAAUUUCAAAUGCUCUGGAUCGAUACAAGAAACUGGUCAAGCAAUUGAAGGAUUGGCUCGCUGAAGCUGUAAUAUCAUUUGAUAGACUACAAGGUGACCCUGAAACUAUCCAACGAUUAAUUAAAGAUCACAAUAACUUCACCAAACAAUUAGCACUUAAAAAUGAUUCAAUGAUUGUACUUAAAGAUUGUGUCGAUGAACUGGUUGACCUUUUGACUCCCGAUUGUAUAGAUUCUGAGACGAUAUUAACUGAAUACGCUUCCCUUUCAACCCUAUGGGAUGAGUUGAACCUUUCGAGUCAAGAAAAAGAGAUUCGACUUCGUGAAUACCUACAAUCGGCUGAACAAUUAAAAUCACAGGCUAACAAGAUGCUCAAUUGGUUGAUUGAAAUCGAAACCUCAAUGGGAAAGUAUAAAUCAACCACCGGUGCUGAUGAGGUUACACUCCGUCUGUAUAUCGAUGAGAUCAACGAUUAUAUUGAGAAAAUGGGCUCAACUGUCGCCGAUCGGGAUGAGAUCAUUUCUAGUUCUAAUCAGGUAUUAACUGAUUGUCACCCUGAUGCACAUUUCGCAAUCCAUCAUUACAUUGAGAUAAUUGAGUCGACCUGGGACGAUGUGGCUCGAUCGUUGGUCAAGAAAGAGUCCGAAUUAAGAAGUAAACUCGAUGAGAUGGUCAAAAGGUCAGCGUAUUUGGCUGAACUUUCGGCCUGGUUGACAACUCGAGAAACCGAAUAUGAUCUUUUAGAUAGCAAGUCAAUUCCAAAUGAGAUCGAACCAAUUCAAGAGCUAAUCGACGAAAUGGAAACAUAUCGGGCGACCGUUAACGCUAAAGAAAAUGAACUGGACAAAUUGGCCGAAGAGAAUCGUAAAGAACCGGUUGGUAAAAGACGACGAACUGGUCAUGAGAGUGUCAAUAGUAAUUAUAGUAAAUCGUCAAGUGAUCUGCCGUUAGAUCAGAUUGGUGAUCCUAAAGUGAUCGAUAUACUUACUCGAUGGCGAGGUUUAACUUCUCGAACUAGAGAUCGACUCAUUCGUCUACGAAGUAAGAUGAACUUUUACCUUGAACUUGAAAAACUUCGUGACUUUGAUUUUGACUCUUGGCGACGUCGAUUCAUUGAUUGGUUGGACAAUAGAUCAGCUCGACUGAUGGACUUUUAUCGUAAAUUAGAUGAUAAUCGCGAUAAUAAGGUCACAUACGAUGAGUUUAUCGAAGGUUUUAUGAGACACAAAUUCCCAGGUAAUCGAAGUGAACUUCAAAGAGUAGCGGCCAUUUUUGACCGCAACAACGACGGAUUCAUCGAUAACAAGGAGUGGAUGGACAAACUGAAAGAUCCCUCCGAGAUUGAGAUAAUUGUUAGUGAGAUGAGAAAACAAUCAGCUAAAUGUACCUGUUCAUCUAAAUAUCGGGUCCAUCAGGUUGAGGAUAAAAAAUAUCAGUUUGGUGAGUCACAUAAACAAAGAUUGGUUCGAAUCUUGAGAAGUGAUAUUAUGGUUCGAGUCGGCGGCGGUUGGAUUUCAUUGACUGAGUUUCUCCUGAAAAAUGAUCCAUGUAGAGCCAAAGGUCGGACAAAUGUUGAGCUUCGAGAACCACUAGCCGAUGGUGUUAGCCAAGGAAUGGCUUCUUUUCAAAGUCGAUCGCCUUAUUUUGGCAACAGCUCAUUUCUUGGGCCAAUAACCAAUAUUCGAGAGAAAACUGAACGAAGUGUGCCAAUGUGUCAAUCAGCUGAUGACGACGAUGAGUACCCAAUGGAUGACGAUAGUAUUUCCGGUGAUGCAGUUUCUUCAUCUCGACCUCAAAGUCGAUUAACAUUUAUUGCCAAAGAUGACCGAUGUCCAAGCCGAGCAAGUAGUAGCCAGGAAAAGAAACUACGAAUCGAUACAAGACCGAGAUGGCAUUAAUUAGAAUCGUUGAUUAACAAACAAAUUAAACCACAUCAAAUAAUUAACCCGAUUAACUGGAUAACCAAUCAACCCUUUUAACUUGACAAUUUAAAAAAGCAAUUUAGUUAAACAAUUAACAUGAAGAAAAAACCAAACGGGAUUAGAUUUGCUUUCAUUUUUCUGCUCUAAUUUUUUCACCUUUUCAUUUAAUCCUUAAUCUUCCCAAUAUUUGUUAUCAUAUCAACAAUUAAACAACUCCCACAACCGUUAAUACAAUUAAGCCCAACAAUCAGCGAGAAGAAAGUAACAAUCAACAAUCACAAUUGGAUAAUAAUUAACAUCGAUUAGAGUUAAUCAAUUAUUUUAAUGCUUCUUUCAUAAUCAAUCAUCAACAUUUCCAAUUAAUCAGCUGAUUUUUUUGUUCACUUUUCUUUCAAUUGUCUAUGAUGAUAAAGUCGCAUUUUUUUGUAUGUCAUCAUCUUUGAUUUGGUUAACAGAAACAAAAAGAAACAUCAAUUUAUAAAUUGUUGGAAGAAAAUUAAUGAAACUUUGUUACCAUCGCUAUUUGGGUUUUACUAUGACGGCGCUUAUACAUGUUUCAUACUUGGGAUUGACCUUAAUUUACAAAUAAAGACCAUUUAAACCAAGAAUAAAUCACCAAAA